AUGGCUCCUGGUAACAACGAGCGACAUCCAGGUCACACGGGCACUAUACCCAAGACAAAAGUGAGAAAUAAUUGUAAUGUUCCUCAAGAAGCUGUAACACCAACAAGAAGAGACAUGACGACCAAUUUGACCACCUCAUUAGAUUGGGUGCCUGUCUCUGAAUACAACACUAGGUCUAACUACAGUCAGUCAAGAAAACCAGCUAAUAACACUUCAGAUCACGAAUUGACAGAUUUGGAUAAUUCUGUAUCUUUUGAGAGUGGAUUUGGAAGAUUUGUACCAGUGAGGCCGCAGCCACGCGCAUUACCACUGCAUGCACAAAAUCGUGAAAAUAUUACUGCUGAACAACAUGAUGAUGGUACAGGAUCAUCAAUAUCAGGCCACUCUUUACACCCUUAUGCACAUCAAAUGCAGAAUGGUCUAAUUCCGCAUUCAAACCAUGCGUCAGCUGCUGUUAUGAUUGUGAAUCCAACUACACCAAAUGCUGUCACUGGAAAUGUGUCACAACCAUUUAAUGCUCCAAAUCAAAACAGACAAACAAACAAUUUAACGAGGAACCUUAAUCCAUCUCGAAACUUUGACGGAAGCCACGCGAGCAACAAUAAUACGACGCCUCCAAUUUCUAACUCUAGAACUGGAACAAAGACUGUUAAUUUAAUGAACAAUAUGUAUGAACAGGGACAAGGAAAUUUUAAUAAUGUAAAUGAAAGUAAUCACGUGCACAGAGAAUCAGCGCGAGCAUUAGGCGAGGCUAUAGCUGCAGCAUGUCCAGACGCAGCGGCAGUAGAACGUCGCUUAGGACAAAUACGAGAAUACAUUCGUGUUACUUCGUCUCUAGUUGACACUAUGCGUAAUUCUGAAGAAGAGGCAUUUGUCGAACAUACCAAAGAAGAAUAUGAUGAAUUAGUAGAGAUGGUAAUGAAAUUAAAAGAAAGUGAAAGCAAGUUGGAACAAAUGUUGGUGGAUUGUAAACCAGAAAAUGAUGAGGUGCCUGUUGAAGAAGCAGGUGGAGUUACUAUUGUUGAGUUACAGGCAAGUGAUGUUUCUCAAGACAACAAAAGCGAAGCUAUCGCAGAUAAUAAUUUAAAUAUAGACAAAACGUGCAAUGUUAAAUAUGUAGACAACAGUGUUAUAAAUAAUAAUUUAAAGAAAGUCACUAAUAUCGAAAAUGAGCAAUUGAAUAAAUCAAUGCACAGCAUUAAAGUUGAUGAAGAAGCUCAUCUUCAAGGAGACGGUAAUAAAUCGAGUGAUAUUGGAUGUUGUGAAAUUACUCCCCAAUUACCAGUUGGUAAUUUGGAACGAUUGGAAACAGACAAUGCAAGGCAAGAGGACCAACAAACAGACCCUACGAAGGACGACCAGGAGCUGAAUGAUAUGUUGCGAAAGAAUAUAUUGUCAUGUGUUGAAAAAAUAACAAGAAUAGAAGAAAUAAAAUCUAAAAAGAAAGAAAUGAAAAAGCUCGCAGAUCAGCAGGAUGUAGUGACGCGACCCGUGUCUGCACAAAGCAAUGGGUCUACAUACAGCGACAAUGAGCUCUGGCAAAAUGAAAUUAAAAGUAAAAUGGAACUAUCGCAAGUGCGUUUAGUUGCUCUAAAACAGCAACAAAAGAGACUUUUGAAAUAUCAGGCAGAAGCAAAACAGCAAUUAGAUGAAAUGAAUAGAGAAAGGUCGCAAGGUCAAGACAUCCAGCCAUCUUCGUCUCAUGAAAACUUUGCAAGUGGCCAGAAUCAAACCCUUGGUGGCACUUACCAACAUCGUAUGUACGCCGCCAAUCAAAUAGGUGUAGCAACAACAUUACCACACUCGUCCGAGGCUGUGCAUGGGCAACAAAAUAUGUCAGCUCACAUAGACACUGAUCAUGGUCAUUCUGGACAAUCUAAUCAUAGUCAAGAUGACAGAUUUUCGCAUAGAGAGACCAAUGCUACGGGUAGCGAAGAAGCCACCGGCGCCGGUCGUGAUAGUGAAGCUGAGGAUGAUGAAAUGAUACUAAAUGAACGCAGCCGUAUACUUCAGUUGAAACUUAGAGAAUUGCAAAUGAAAAAACAACACAUGGAAAAUUUGGUUCAAGAAUUUCAAAAGCUACAAAUGGCCACACGGCUUGGAGCCACACACAAUACGUACUCAAGCUCUGGUGAAGAGAGCGCUGACGAGGAACCGCCUCGAAAGUGUAACAAGGCCGGCAGUAAUAACAAGAACGAAGAUCCUUAUAAACUAAUGGAAAUAAAAGCUAUUAAGACUGCUCUUCAAAAAACUAAAGAUUUAAUGAGAUCUGUUGAGACAUAUGAAGCAGAAAACCUAUCAGCCGCCAAUGAUGAUUCCUUCAGAGAAUCGCAUUCAAAUAUCCAUGACAAUAAAUCGGAGGGUGGUGGUAGCAUGGGUGGGUGGUCUAAUGAAAGCAGCAUGUGUCGUGUGCGCAACUCGCUGCCGCAACGUCAUAAGUUCACCAACGAACAGCACUCGCAACAACACACGCAACAGCAUCUUGUGCAACAACAUCAGCAGCAGCAACAACAAAGUCAUGAAGCCAAUAUUGCUACUUUGCAAGAAUUAGCUCAGGAACUGCGCCUGGAAACAGAAAAAAUAAUGGGCGAACGCGCGCGUAUCAAAGACAUGAUGUCUAAUAAAGCAGAGGCAAGUCGUAAGCAGAAGAAAGUAAACGAAGAGGUUCGCGCCGGUCCGUCGGGCGCUCCUGGUCCUGCCGAGAGGCGCCAGAUGCAGCUGCGAGCGUUACUUGCUGAUAAGCAACGAGAGCUCGAAGCUCUACUCAAUAAAGAGAAAGUAUUAUGCUCUGGCCCUGAACCCCAGAAGAUUAAACCAGAGUCUCGCUCCGCUUCGGUCGUCAAUCAAUCAUACAAUAGUGAACAAGAACACGUCAGUGAACCUGAAUCCAGAUCUGAGCAAAUACUAUUAGAUUCCCAAGAUUCGAGGGAAGCUGAAAAUUUCAGGGGAGGUGGCGAUAGCGCCUUGGGUGGUAGGCCGGCACAAUUACCACCUCAUUUGGGCAGCGCUUACGGCAGUGACACGGACAGUGCAUCUAGAAAUAAGUCAAAUCAAAGAAACCGCCUGAGACGAAGACAACCCCAAGAGAGACAGACGGAGGAGAAUACUGCAACUCAAACUAAUAAUACGAACCAAAAUGUUCGCCAUGAGCCAAGAGUAGAGACAUCCAACGUAAAUAUGGUGCCACCAAUUUCUCAAAACUUAGGCGACAAUCCCGCCAACAUGCCGUACCCGCAUUUGCCUCCUCCUUGCUGGAAUACAACUAAAUCCAAUCAGGACAUGCGUAACCAAUUCACUCAAAACAGCCACUCUCAAACCAUGGAGCGUUUGUUGGGAACCCCACAGCUAUCAUUCCCACCAUCUAUGCCCUUUAACAUGAUGAUGCCUUACAGUAUGGUGGGUGGUUGUGGGUGUGGCUGUGGUUUCUGGGGCGCGUGGUGUUGGCAACAGCUUGUUAUGCAGCAACGAGAAAUACAUCAACUUCGAGAUCAACUGAAUCAUUUGGAGGAACGCUGGCGCGCUGAAACAGCAUCGCAUACUUUGAAUAAUCAAGUGCCACCUGGAAAUAGGGCUAAUAAUUAUUGGGACAACUUCCGAAGCUAUUCUCGUCAAAAUCUUCUAUCCGCUAAUAACAAAGCAAACUCAGACGGUCAUUUAGGAGUUGGUCUCGCUCAUAAUCCGCAUCCUUUAGUUGAAAGAUCUCAUAACACAUUACAUCAUACUCCCUCUGCCACACCUCCCUGUAUUACACCGAAAAGAAAUACCAACGCUGCUAGUUCAUCGCAAAAUGUAGGCCAAUCCUCUCAGGCAAAUAAUGAGGACUUACCCAACAGGCAUUCGCGUCGAAACGUUGUAUACGAGAGAUCACUGUCAUUUUCAUCAGCACCAGACGUGUUAAACGUCAAUCAAAAUCUCGAAACUGACGUCACUACAGCAUGCCAUUCGAGGAAUAUCGAUGACAAUAACGUGACUAAUCUAUCCAACAUUAAUAUUAACCGCCAAGAAACUACAUCCAAUUCAUUUAGAAAUCUAAAUAUUACGAACCCAAUUCCUGAAAUCAUCCAGUCGCAUUCUAAUAAUUUAAAUACCACUGCUAACAGUAAAAAGAAGUCUUCUUCAAAACUACCAGCUAAAAACUCAACAAAUAGACGAAAUUACACUUUGGAUUAUUCACAAAUGAGCAACAUUAACAUUGCUAGCUCUUCCGAAACGCCUAAUCCUAAUUUAGCGUCAACGAGUCGCGAAGGUCAAGAUAAAGCUACGUCGAAAUUGUUCGAUCUUCUCAGAGAAAAUGUAUAUUCUGAAGUGACAGCUCUGAUCGAUGUGAACGAAUCACACCCAGAUUUCUUGAUACAAUUGUUUAGAGAAUUGCAAUUGAUUAGUUCUGAUACUUUACGACAAAAAGUGUUACAAUCCAUACGUAACUUGUUAUCUCAAUAUAGUUCCUUACUAGAAAAUCAAAGUCAUGACAGUGCGCUUGAAGAAAAUAGACAGGAGUCUGUCUCAGCAACAUCCGGAGAGCCUGUAACUUUGAACGAAGCUAUCUCGCUGCAGAAUAUGUGUGAAGCACUAGCUUCGGUCAUUUUGAGCAGUAUUACGGAUGGAAGAUAUCUACAACAAACCAAAAGAAGGCUUGUAGAAUUUCUAUCCAAAUAUGAUGGCAUGCGGGUUUGUGACGUGUCAGGCGAUAUUCUCGAAAAUCUACCUUUAUUAGUACCGACCAGCAAUCAAGUUCAAGAGGGCGAGCCUGCACAAUUAACAAAUGAGCUAUCAGAAUCUUCUAUUUUACAAGACGUUGCGGGGUCUUUAAAUUUGUUUAGUUCUAGUGAUAGCCAAUUGCAUCAAUUAAAUGCGUGUCCCUAUGAUCUAUGGCCAGGGCAUGUACACAUGGAUAUCGAAAACUCCGAUGUGAACGAUAAUAGUCCACGCUCCAGUCAAGAGGGCAAAGUAGAUCUCAUAAAUUGUUCGGAGAUGCACAACGGAGAUUUAGCUGAAGCUGAUCAAACCUGUCACACUGAGACGGAAGAGGGAGGCGCCAGUGGACAUGGUGAAGCUGGAGCUAAUGCAGAAUCAUUACCAGACGUUGUAGACACCGAGGAAGUCACACCGACUGAGGCUGAAGCUGAAUGGCUUGGACUUGAUCGUGUGCCAACAAGGCUGCACAUGGAGGAAUCAUCUGAAAAACAAAAAGAUUCUUCUUCUUAA